AUGGCGGACUUAGAGAAACUCCUGCUGGAAGCCGCCGGAAGGACCAACUCUCCCAGCCGUAACCGCCACUCAUCCCCACCAUCCCACAGACGCCGGAAAAACUCUUACUCCGACGAUGGCAGUGACUCCAAAAACGACAACUCAGACGGCGACCAACCCUAUUCAACCCGUAAGCCAUCCGCCUCCCAAUUUCCCCUCAAGAAGCGUCUUGACCCCACAGACAAAGAUGACGUCAGCAGCCAGGAACUCAACGAUGACGACGACGAUUACGAGAGAAAUCAAGACAGCGACAACGACUCGGUCGGUAGCGACCUCUACAAAAACGAAGACGAUCGCGAGAAACUCUCUCGUCUCACCGAGCUCGAGCGCGAGAUGAUCCUCCAAUCCCGAGCCGAAAAAAGAAGCGACCGAGAAAUGACCGAAAAGCUAAAGAAGAUGAAAGGGCCCGACCGCAAGGCCCGCAGCCCGCCAAGAACCGCGGCCCACACCCGAACCAUGCGGUCCAGGGCCGGACGAGCCGGCGCUCUCGACGAGCUCGUCAAACGUCGGCGUGAGUCGGCAAAGGGCCGCCACUCGCCUUCGAGAAGUCGGUCUUCGUUCGCGGCCUCUGCACUUAGCAGCCCCAGCCGCAGCGAGAGCGGGUCCCGCAGCGACGGGGCCGACUCGGAGGACGCCGCCGACAGCGAUGACGAGAAGAUCUCGUCGAGAGUCCCGACUUUCGAAGACGUGAAGGAGAUAACGGUCCGCAGGUCCAAGCUGGCGAAAUGGUUCAUGGAGCCCUUCUUCGACGAGCUGAUUGUGGGAUGUUUCGUGAGGGUCGGGAUCGGGAAGUCGAGGACGGGCCCUAUUUACCGGCUCUGCGUUGUGCGCAACGUCGACGCGUCGGACCCCGAGCGCCAGUACAAGCUUGACAACAAGACGACGCACAAGUACCUGAACGUGGUCUGGGGCAACGAGAGCUCGGCCGCCAGGUGGCAGAUGGCGAUGAUCUCGGACUCCCCGCCUUUGAGGGAGGAGUUCGAGCAGUGGGUCCGCGAGGUCGAGCGCAACGGGGGCCACAUGCCGACGAGGCAGGAGGUGGUCGAGAAGAGGGACGCGAUACAGAAGACGAGCACGUUCGUGUACUCGGCCGCCACCGUGAAGCAGAUGCUGCAGGAGAAGAAGUCUGCCACGUGGCGCCCGCUGAACGUCGCCGCCGAGAAGGACCGGUUGCGGCGCGCGCUGGAGGUGGCGAGGGAGAACGAGAACGAGGCCGAGGUGCGGAGGAUCGAGGUGAGGCUGCGGGAGCUCGAGAUGCACCGGCGGACGCAGGAGAAGGACUCCAAGGCGGUGAAGCUGGCGGAGAUGAACCGGAAGAAUCGGGUGGAGAAUUUCAGGAACGCGUCCGGGCUGAAGCCCGUUAAUACGGGCCUGAAGGCGGGCGAGGCCGGGUACGACCCGUUUUCGAGGAGGUGGACUCGGUCGAGGAACUAUUAUGUGGCCAAUGGCGGCGGUGGAGGAGGGGUGGCGGCGGCGGCCGGUGGUGGUGGCGGUGGCAGUGGUGGUGGGGUUAGGGUUCCGGCGGAGGUGGGGAUGGCGGCAACUGAGGCGGCACUGGAGGCGGCUGCAGGAGCGGGGAAGCUGGUGGACACGAAUGCGCCGGUGGAUUACGGGACGGAGUCGAACCUGCUGCACAAUUUCGAGCUGCCGAUCUCGCUGGCGGUGCUGCAGAAGUUUGGGGGGCCGCAGGGGGCUCAGGCGGGGUACAUGGCGAGGAAGCAGAAGAUUGAGGCUGUGUAUGGGGUGAAGGUGCCGGAGAAUGAUGGGAGGAGGCAUGCGUUGACUUUGACAGUCAGUGAUUAUAAGAGGAGGAGGGGACUUCUUUGA